AUGUCCCCCCUGCAGUGUCCCCGGCACUGUCCUCCAGCUGAUGCCGGCAUCUGUCUUCCGGGUUCCGUUCCCUGCGACGUCAGGACAUACAGGGACAGAACUGGUGGGAAAUUUGAAAAUUUUAAUAAAAUCACAUAGUAAAACAUUACUGUAUCAAACCAUUUCACAUACAUUUUGUCCCUAGUGCUUUGUCCUGUGCCCUGCCUGCAUUUUUACUGUUCUUUCUGCCUGGAAACUGAGAAACGUCCAUGGCGUCCAAAAAGUGUCCCUUUUAGGUCAAAAGCGGUUUUAGAUCAGCUAGAGAACAGCGAUAGUAAAUCAGAACCACUUGCAGAAUUGA